CUUUCUGGUUUGACGAGUAGAGUCUGGUGAGCGGUGCAUGGCUGAGUUGUGGAGAUACACAACGAUUUAAAGCUCACAGUCCGCCAGCAUGGGUCGGCGCUCGUCUGACAGUGAGGAUGACAGCCGGAGCAGGAGGAAGAGAAAGCAGCGGGGCCGUUCAUCCUCCUCUUCCUCGUCUUCCUCCUCAUCCUCCGGCAGCAGAGUGACAAGCAGCCGAAGUCGGAGGUCCAGUCGCAGGAGUCGUUCUCGCUCCAGAGACAGGAGAAGAAGAAGACGGUCCAGCAGCAGUUCGUCCCACAGUUCAUCUCGCAGGAAGAGGAGUCGAAGUGCAGAAAGAGACAAAGGGCGGAGCCACCGUUCACACAGGUCACGCAGCCGGGACAGGAGAUCUCACUCUCGUCACCGGCGGUCUCGCAGUAGGAGCGCCAGCCGAAGCCGGCGUGGAAGCCGCAGCCGCAAAAGGAGCCGCAGCAGAGAUCGAGACCGAAGCCGACGCAAAGGCCGUGACCGGGAGAGGGAGAAAGACAAGGACAGGGACAGAGGAAGAGACAGAGACAAGGACAGAGACAAGGACAAGAGUAAAGACAAGGCAGAGAAGAAGGGGGACGCCGGGAACAUCAAAGCCAGAUUAGAACAUCUGACUCCAGCAGAGCAGGCUAAAGUCCGAAUGCAUAUGGUCCUGCAGGCUGCAGCUAAGACCGAUGAGGUGCUGAAGGCCAAAGUAGCCAAGAGAGAGGAGGAGGCCCGGAAGAAACUCGAAGAAGAGGGAACUUCUCUGGAGGAGCAAGUGCGAAGGAUAAAGGACAUCGAGGCCAUUGAGAGUGAUUCCUUUGUUCCUCAGGCUUUCAAAUCAUCCAGGGAUGAUAUAAAGACUGAGCCAGUCGAGGUGAAGCAGGAGUCAGAGAGGCCGUAUCCUCAGGACGUCACUCUUCCUGUGUCCAUAAUCUACAAUGACAGCGACACACUUGCCCAUCCCAAUUUGUUUAUGGACAAGGAGAAGGCCGAGGAGCUGUGGUUAAACAGACUGGUCUCGCUGCGACAGGAGAGGCUCAUGGGAAGUCCCGUGACCUGAAGGCUGCCAGAAACCCAGAAGGUCUCACCCUUCCCAGGAUAGUUUCAGUCCACAUCUAUGCCUCAUUCACUCUUUCAAGUUUGAUUUUAUUGUGUCUCAAUCCCUGUCACGUUCUGUCUGGUUUUAGGACAUUACUGCAUUUCUUAUUUGCCCACUAAUUUGUCUUAACUGUUAUACAGACUUGUGAGAACUUUAGUAAAUGAAGAAUUUUUGGUCUUGAUGUGCUGUUUUUUAUUAAAAUAAAGAAGUGAAUGAAUUAAA